UAAUAUUUGAUUAAAUUAUGAUCAAAUUAAUUUUCUUUCUGUAGAUAAUUUUUUUAAUGUAUUUUGCAAAAUAAAUAAUUUAAAUUAUCGAAAUAGACACAAUAUGAAUCCACAAUAAACAAAAUGCACUAUGUUAUUCAAAUAAAUGCACUACUAAUAAAAUAAAAAUACUAUUCGGUAUGCAACGAGAAAAUUAUUAAAUAGUCAUGAAAUAUUACGUGACAUUUCUACAUCUUACUCUCUUAAAUAAAGAAUUGAAAAAAAAUACAUUAGUGGGUGAAUAAUAAUCCGUUAAUUCAUUGUCAGUCAACUAACUAAUCAACAUUAUGUCCCUUAUAAAGUUUUUCUACUAGGCUGUUACAGCAUCACAUAAUAUAUGAUACUCGGAACUACUGCUAUAUAAUUAUCCACUUAUAUAAGCUAUACAUGUUUGCAGCUUUCAACAUUCAACUAACUACAUACAAGCACAAUGUGGAUGAUUGGAUACAAUAAGAAUAAGAAUAAUAGGGAACUAAUUAGCAUCCCGGAACCAGUUUCAUUCAAUGGCGGGAACCACCGGCCUUUGAUUCCAUGGCCUUGUCCAUGCCCAGAAGUUGAACAAAGCAAGAGAGAGUGGAAGUGGUUGAAUAGACAAGAAGUCAGUGUAGUAAGCUCAAGAUGGAACCCAACACCAGAACAGUUGGAGGCACUGGAAGAAUUGUAUCGGCGUGGGAUUCGAACACCUUCUGCUGAUCAAAUUCAUCAUAUUACCGCACAGCUUCGCCAAUAUGGCAAGAUUGAAGGCAAGAAUGUUUUCUAUUGGUUCCAAAAUCACAAGGCUAGAGAUCGUUAUCACAAACGCCGCCGUCAAGUUGAAUCAGCCUCUCAUCAAGAAUACUGCGAUAUCGAAGCCACAGAAAAGGAAGAAUCAGAAGCAAGUAGGAGGACAGGUUUUGAACAGAUCAAGAACUGGGCAUUCCCUAUAAACUGCAGUACAUUUGCAGAGAAAAAUGCUUCAACAAUACAAGGGGGGCAAGCAAAAACAGCAGUAGAAGAAUGUAUAACAGAUCAUAGAUGGGUACAGUUGUACGAGGGAGGAAAAUUAUCACAUCAGAGAAGGAACCUUUGCAGAAGCAGAAUUGACCUAUGUCAAUGUGGCAGCAAAAUGAUGCAGCCUUCAUCUUGCUCACCUCUACCAACCCACCUCAUAAACAACACCAAUACUAAUACUAGUAUUACUAUGGACCCAGCAAAGCUCAAAAAGAGUACUCAUCAUAAUCAUCAGGACCUCAAAAUGUUCAUAGCACCUGCCACUCCCAGGGAUGAUCAAACCCUCCAACUGUUUCCCCGUCGGAGCAACAUCACUGAGAAGGACGAGACUGCAGAGAUUUCUCUCGCUGCCAUGAACCCCGACUUCACUCCAUACCAGUUCUUCGAGUUCCUUCCAUUAAAGAAUUAAGCUGAAUUGAGAGAGAAGCAGUAGUAAAAAAUGAGUGAUCUUUAUUCACUUUGGAUAAUUGUUUAAUUAUUAUAUGUAAAAUGAUGGGUUGUGUUGUGUUUAGAUUUUGUAUUGCUGUCGGAAACUAGCUAAGGGAUGUUUUUUAAUGACGAUUUAAGGUUUUUUUGGAAGCCUUAGGUUGAAUAUUAAAAUAAAGUUUUGUUUA